UGGCGGGCUCCUGCUGCCCAAUGAGGGGCCGAGGCGCGUUUGGCGGGUCGGUCGGUGGCGGGAGUCGGCGCCACGAGCCGGGUCCGCGCGCGCAGGUUGUUCUUGGACAUGCUGUGCCGCGCGCUGCUCCGCCGCUCCUCGGCCGCGCCGCCCCGUCGGUCCUCGCCGCUCCCCCUGCAGCAUCUCUUGGAUAGCUACCAGUGCAGCCAAGAAGAUGACCACCUCUCUUACGGGGAAACGGGCAUGCCGGUCCCUCCUUUCGGCUGCACCUUUUCUGCAGUCCCGAAUUUGGAGCAUAUACUGGCAGUCGCAAAUGAAGAAGGAUUUGUUAGACUGUAUGAUACUGAAGCUCAGACUACCAGCAAACUCAUCUUUAAGGAAUGGCAGGCUCACUCAAAUGCUGUAUUUGACCUUGCCUGGGUACCAGGGGAACAGCGGAUUGUCACUGCUUCAGGAGAUCAGACAGCCAAGGUGUGGGAUGUGAGAGCCAGCGAGCUUCUUGGCAUAUGUAAAGGUCACCAGUGUAGCCUCAAGUCUGUUGCUUUUUCUAGAUUUGAGAAAGCUGUCUUCUGUACUGGAGGCAGAGAUGGAAACAUCAUGGUUUGGGAUACCAGAUGCAACAAGAAAGAUGGAUUUUAUAGGCAGGUGAAUCAAAUCAGUGGAGCACACAAUGUGGUUGACAAGCAGACUCCUUCCAAACCGAAGAAGAAGAGGCAGAACGUAAGAGGGCUUGCUCCCUUGGUGGAUUUCCAGCAGAGUGUAACUGUGGUGCUGCUUCAGGAUGAGCAUACUCUUAUCUCUGCAGGAGCUGUUGAUGGUGUGAUCAAAGUAUGGGACUUGCGCAAGAACUAUGCCACCUACCGUCAGGACCCGGUGCCUUUCAAGUCUUUUUGCUACCCUGGGACCAGUACUCGCAAACUUGGAUAUUCUAGCCUGGUUUUGGAUUCCACUGGUGCUAAUCUGUUUGCUAACUGCACUGAUGACAGUAUCUACAUGUUCAAUAUGUCAAGUUUAAGGACCACUCCAGUGGCCAUUUUCAGUGGGCAUCAGAAUUCAACGUUUUACAUCAAAUCCAGCACCAGCCCAGAUGACCAGUUCCUGGUCAGUGGCUCGAGUGACUGCAACGCAUACAUCUGGAAGGUUUCUGAGCCCAGCCUUCCUCCAUGGAUACUCCUUGGUCACUCUCAAGAAGUUACUUCCAUUGCUUGGUGUCCUUCAGACUUCACUAAGAUUGCCACGUGCUCUGAUGACAACACUGUGAGGAUUUGGCGCUUACAACGUCGUCCUGAGGAGGACAAAUCAGCAUUAAGAAAAAUCAAGUUGGUGGGCUGGGUCACUCACAAGAAACCAGAAGAACAACGUGGAGGAGGACCGCCAGCCAGCCCACAGAGUACUCCUGCCAAGGCCUUCACAGUGGGCAGCCCGUGCAUUUCCUCGCCAAGGCCGGCUGCCUGUGCUCCCAUUUAUUCUGGAGACCUUCCUCUGUCGACAAACACUCCGACGGGCACUCUCAAAACCCAGACGGCUGCAGCCUGCACCCCAGCCAAGCAGAGUGGAGCCAGCCCAUGCGCUUCUCCCAAACUGAUCUCUUCCUCCAAAAUGUCUAUUAAACAUUGGGUUACAAGGACACCAUGCUCUUCUCCUCCAGAAGUGGGGAAAAAGGCUUCUUCUCCUAGAAAAGCCCUGGCAGAAGUCACCCAAGGUCUCCUGGAAGCCGCUUGCCCUCCUAAAGCCCCGCACUCACAGUUUGAAAAGCGUGCCAAGAGAAGGCUUGACUGCAGCAAGGAGGACAAUGCAGGGCAGAAGUGUCUGCAGGCCUGUAGCUGUGUGACUGAACUGGACCAUGCAGCUAAGAAAUCCAAGCUGAAUUUAUGUCACUUGGCUGCAGACCAAAAAGCUUGCGAUGAAGGCGCUCUCAGCCUGGCUGACUUGGAUAAUGACCGCGAAGACUCCAGCCGCAGCCCAAAAGAGCCUUCCUUUCCUGGAAGCCGUAUUAAUCCAUUGGGCAUUCAAACUCCCCCCCAUCUUUUCAGACCUCCAUGCAGGAAAGACACUGAGGUAGUAGAUAAAGAGAAUAGUUCACCUGAAAGAAAAAAUUGGUUGUCUGCUCUGGGAGAGAAGCUACGGACUGGCAGAACUGGCAGCCAGAGUACAUCAAACAGCCCUCCGUCAUCUUGCAGUCUCAGUGCCAAACGACAAGAGGCUGUGGCAGCAGCCACUUCGCCAAAGACUGCUGCAACCACUUCAGUUUCCAUGAGGAAGAUCUGCACAUACUUCCACAGAAAGCCACAGAAUGACUGAAGCAGCAUGCGGCAGUUGCACCUGAUGGAUGUUGACGCUGUGGUAUCAAGACCAGAUUUAGCAACGCCGACAAUGAUGCGUCGGGAUUACACAGUUUGUUGUCAGCCAUCCUUAAACUUGGGGUUUUAUUCAUCUGUUUUUAAAGCCGUUAACAGUUGAAGUUAGCUGAGUGUGGAAAAUCUACACAAUACUUACUCAUGGUCUCUUACUGACUUCAGAUGGUGGAUUUUUUUAAUAAAGAAAAACGGAGUAUUUUUUACAUGGCAACUGUUACAGUCCAAAGACGGCAACAGCUCUGCUGUGCAUUGUUGACAGGCACAUAUAGUUUGUCAGUUUAUGUUACUAAUCCGCUGUUGAAACUUCCUUUCCUUAAGAAUAAUGUGCAAAUCAUUACACCCUCCUGAAAAGCAAGUGUUGGAAUGUAUGUAGGGAAACUUACUGGAGGUAGAUCUGAGUCCCUUCGUGCUGAAUGGCAUUUCUACAGUUAUUCCUCUAGUACUGCAAUGACUACCUGCUUUCAGCAGGGAAGUUAUGAAUGCGUUAAGUAAAUAUAAAAGACUUUUAAACACCCUGUGUCCGUCCGAUGGUGAUUAUAGUCUGAGAGGAGACAAAGUAUAAUCAAGUACAUAAUGCCUGUAACUCCUCUUGCCAUCCCCUUUCUUCUCCCAGUCUGAAAACUUCUGUAUUUACUGACUUAGCUGGCUCUUGAACCAUCAGGACUACAGCUGUUGAGGCCAACAGCUUGUCACUUCUCUGAAAUAAAAGACUGGCAAGGUGCCUUAGAAAAAUUAGUUUGAUCUAUCCCAAAUAGGCAUCCCAUAACAGCUGGUUGCUCGGUCACCUCUUACAGAUUCAGCCUGUAGCAAAGGCAUUAAUAACUGCUUAUAACAUAACUUCAUAACACUUUUAUAAUACAGUAUCUAUAAAAUAAUAGCUUUUAAAUUGGGGGAGGGGCACUUGACAUUUUAGAAAGCACUUGACAGAGUUCACAUAUUAAUAUUAAUUGCUUUGCCAUUGUAAGUCGUCACUGAUGCUGAUAGAACAAGGUCACUGAAAUGAGAUCGCUGUCCUGCUGGCUAAUGAUACUGACUCAUCAGUCAUGCUUUCCCCAGGGGGAGCUAGUAGAAGAUCCUUAUGUUAGGUUGGAGCAUUUACCCUAUCUUCUGGUAUAAUAGUUCCUGUGAACUUUAAAAACAAAAGAAAACAAACCUCUGAAUCCCUCUUAAGUUUUUCUACUGCAAAAGAAUUGAGGUAUUUGAAGGGGAUGUGAUCCAACGAACUCAUGUUUUCCAUCUGAAAUUUUCACACCUACUUUACAGUAGCAUUGAAUAGUAUGAUAGCUGAAAGGGAUUAGAGGAAAACGUGCUGACUUAUAUUUUAUGUUGUAGAUUGUAUUUUGCAAGGAAAUAAAUGAUUUGAGAGAAACUGGCUUCUGUGAAAGGUCUCUUACAGCUACAAAGUAAAAGUAAAUGUGUAGUGUGCUUUUAAAAAAAAAAAAGUAGUCAUCAUCAAGUUGCAUCUUUUAGCAGGAGAACUCAGGUACAUAUAGGGGCCAGAACAACUUUCUCCUGUUUAUUGAAUUACAGGCCAUCAUCCCAUGAGCUUUGAGGAGAUGCCAUUAGGAAAGUGGGAAAGGUAGUGCUUCGGGCAUUUUUCUAUUCUUAUUUUUUAAAAAAGGAUUUUAAAAAAGUGAUUAUCUGAAUAGAUCUAGUAUCUUGGGCAAAACAGGAAUAUAAAAAAUCUGUUAGUUUAAUUUUAACCUACUUCUGGAUAUUGAGGUAGAUGGAAGUAGUAGAAACAACGUAAAAUAAGUAGGUUUGGGAUUGAAUUCUGUCUUAAUUUUAAUUAUUAGAGCAACUGUGUAGGAUACAACCUGCCUUGCUUACAGCCAGUUUUUCAUGCAGGAUUCUUCCAUGCAGUUUGUAAAGAACAGGUUGCAGAAUAAGGAGCUGUGGACCCUGUUGAAGUACAUGAGAGUUGUCAGACAUUUCAACAAUAGGAUUUCAUGUUCCUCCACUUCUUUCACAAUAUUUUCCUCCUCCAGAAAUGUUCUGCAGCCAAACCAUUAUCUCUUAUAUCUUGUAAAUGGCUACCUAGAGAUGAUUUACACUAAUAGGUUUCUACUUGGAUGAAUAAUAUUGGGUGAGGAUGUGAGAUUUUUCUCCUUUCAAAUAGUACUUGUUUAGUGGAACAGCUUGUUUUAUGGACCACCAGGCAGAAUUUCUUUCAUCUUAAGCUGACGUCAACCUGGUUCAGAGCCUAGGAGAAUUAACUGAAACUUAUAUUUUUCUAUGUCCAACUUGCCUUGACCUUAUAAUGAUAAAAUCAGGAUUGCAAAAGCAUAGAAGAGUUGCUGAUACAAAUCGUCUGUCAAGUGGUUUAAUGUAACCAGUACUGUCUUUACCUCAGAUGCAUUCAAAGAACUGAGCUCUUGUUUUGAGCCAGCAAGCUAUACCUCUGAAUUACCUUCCCUUCUAAAGGAUUUACAGAAACUCCAUAAUCCAUGUUUUAUAAUCAAAUUCAGCCUUUUGAGAUAUUAUUCCCAAAUCCUAUGUAUAUAUGUAAAUC